GGGCCACAACUGCUGAUGAUUUGCAACUCGGACGAAAGGAUUUCAGGGAGAGGGUCCGGGCCCCCGAGAUGACGUGCCCUGCCUCCUGCUCGCGCCUCCUGGGCUUCAGCCUCACCAUCCUGGCCCUCCUCGCCGCCGCCGCCAACGUGGCCCUGCUCUUCCCGACUUGGGAAGGGAGCUACCUGACAGACGGCCACAUUGGCAAACACGCUCUGCUGGGCCCAGGCCUCUGGGGAGGGGGCCUGUUGGUGCUGUGUGCUGCCGUCCCUAUCGCCGCCUCAGGUUGGAGAUGUGGCUGCUUCAGAAACUCCGGGCCCUGCCAGAACAUGGUCCUGUGUCUGCUGACGGCCGGCCUGGCUUUCUUCGGAGCGGCCGUUUGCUUCGUCGUCUCGGGCGUGGCCCUGAAGACCGGCCCCCUGUGCCUGUUCGAUGUCGCCGCUCCUAACCAGACCCUCACCCAGAAAUGGGGUUACCCCUUCCUAGACCUGCGGCACAGGCUCCUCCUCUCUCAAAGCCUCCUGUCUGGAAGGGAAAGACAUUAUCUCCACGACCGUUCGCUCUGGGAUUCUGUCUGCAUCGAGCCCCCGGAAGCCGUGACUUGGCACGUUUCCUUCUUCUCCACUCUCCUGGCCAUCAGCCUUCUCCAAGUGCUCCUCGUGGUCACGCAUGUGGUCAGCGGCUUCUGUGGCCUCCUCUGUGGAUUCUGCGGGAACAGCUAG